CUCAAUGCAAGCCUGACCUCUUUUAGUUUGGGGAGCUAGAAACUUCCACCACAAACUCCCGAGUGUGAUGGGGGAAGACAAGGUUCUCUGAGGCCUGAUCUGUCUUUCUUUCUUUGUUUUUGUCAUGGAAUUGACCAAAAUGUCAGACAUGACAAAGCUCCACCAGGCUGUGGCUUCAGGGGACUACAAUUUAGUGAGAAAGAUUUUGAAAAAAGGUCUCUGUGACCCAAACUACAAGGAUGUGGACUGGAAUGACCGAACCCCCCUUCACUGGGCGGCAAUCAAAGGGCACAUGGAGGUGAUGCAGGUCCUUCUAGAACAUGGAGCCAGGCCCUGCCUGGUAACUGAUGUGGGCUGGAACGCAGCUCAUUUUGCAGCUGAGUCAGGCCAUGUGAAUGUGCUCAAAGUUCUCCAUGGACUGCAUGCCCCCAUCGAUGCCCCCGACUUCUUUGGAGACACGCCAAAGAGGAUUGCACAGAUCUACGGGCAGACCGCCUGUGUGGCCUUCCUGGAGAAGGCUGAGCCCGAGUGCCAGGACCACCGGCGCACCGCCAGGCAGAAAGGGCUGCCUCUGGACCAGCAGGAUGAAGACUGGGAUGCCAAGAAAAGGGAGCUGGAGUUGUCUCUCCCUUCCUCGAAUCGAAACACUGAUAAGAAAAUGAAUAAAACAAUUCGAGCCCCCACCAGGCCUGGCCAUAUGAAGGAGAGACGGGAGUGAGAAGGACAGCAUCCUCGGCGUCUCUACCAUGCAGGUCGGCUGCGGGGGACUGUCCCUGGACCAGAAUAGGAGUUGUGAGACCUGUACCGUCAUUAUGUGAUGUUACUUAGAGACCGUUACCCAGAUGACUUCUUUUGGUAGCUCAGCACUUGCCAUUGGAUCUGAAGCCUUGCUGGGUGUUCUCUGCUGGAGCAGCUGCCUCCCUGCUGAGGCGCACUGUCCCCAGGAAUUGCAAGGAACGGCCGACUGUUCGCUGCUUGUACGUGGUCACCAGUAAUUUGCCCUGUCAGCAUCCUCUGGCCCUGCUGUGUUGUUACAGAAUUUCAGGAGGCAAUGAAAGCACUCUCCCUAAGGGAACCUGAUUGUUGAGAUG